CUGACUCAUUCACAUUUAACGCAAAUGGCAACUGUUGAAGAAAAGAUUUCGAUUGCCUCGAGUUUCUUGAAAGCUGCCCCUCCAGGUGAAAUCAACGACGUAUUCAAUGAUGUUCGUGGGUUGGUUGGAGAUGAUGAAUUAUUAGAUGGAGGUAUCUUGAAUGCGCUUGAGGAAUACAACACCGAGGAAUUGGCUACUGUCGACGUACCUGGUAUCGAGGGGAAGGCUAUUGUUUCCAAGCACGGACAGAUUGAAAGCGAUCGAUUCUUACACCCAAAAACCAACAAAGUCUUUAAACUGGAUCACUUUCGUCAGGUUGCUUCAGAUGUUCAAGACCACACCGUAGACGAAGGGAUCGAAGAACUUCGCAAGACGAUUGAAAAGGAUACAGAAGAUUAUAUGGCUGACCGGUAUGCAGAAGGAGUCUCAGCUGUUUAUGGAUCCAAUGGCAAAAUUACAAUUGCAAUUGUCCAUAACAAGUACAGUCCAUCCAACUUCUGGAACGGACGGUGGAGAUCAAUUUGGCAGUUGGAGACAACAACGAGCCAAGUGAAGGGCACCUUGAAAUGCAAGGUCCAUUAUUAUGAAGAUGGAAAUGUUCAACUGGAGACAUCAAAAGAAAUCGACGAAAAGCUUUCCAAGACCUCAGCUGAUCCUAACACUGCUGUAUCAAGGGCAUUGCUAGAUCUAAUUGCUACAGCUGAAUUGAAGUAUCAGACCGCUUUGAACGAGAGUUACCACGAAAUGGCCGAGAACACGUUUAAUGGCCUUCGUCGUGCAUUGCCAAUGACACGCUCAAAGCUUGACUGGAACAAGAUUCUAACAUACCGUAUUGGAGCCGAGCUAUCUGCAAAAUAAGGAAUGAUAGAGAUUUAUUGAGUAUGGACUGGAAAAAGUGUAAUAGGAAUAAAAUUGAAACUGGAUUGUAGACAACAAGAGACCAUCAUUUAUGGCGAAAAUAAAUAAAAAGAGAGACAACAAGAUUUAUUCCCAAGCAUCUCUA